AUGAGUACAUCUUUGCUAUGAGGAUCCAUCCUGAGACACAGAUGUCUGCCAAAGAUCUCCCAUCUUAUCUCAAGGAAUGUGAUCACCAUCCAUCUCAGAGAGAGAUCAACAAUGCUUUACUAGGAGCAACCAAGAAGGAUUUCAAUAAGCCCAACUUGAUGCUGAAGGAGAGAGAAGUCUCCGAGAUCGUCUUCAUGAUCUACGUCCCACGAGGGACCGGUCUAGAAGCCAAGAAUGUCCGCAAAUCAACCUGGCUCAAUCCACUAGUUGACGGGGAGGAAGCUAGGAAGAUGAUGGGGAAUGAUGAAGUGAAGAAUGUGGAGCUCUCCAAAUCACUGCAGCUGGUCUUCAACUCCAUGCAGGAGCGCAAGGAACAGGAGAUAUAUAAGGAGAGGAUCAGAAAGAGGGAAGAGGAGAAAAAGAGGCUGGAGUUGGAGGAGCAAGAAAAGGAGAGGAAAGAACAAGAGAAGAAGCUGAUUGCUGGUGUAGGGAAUGGAGAAAAGAAAGAGGAUGAGAGUGGGGAGAAAGUGAACAGUGGUGAGAAGGAAUGAGAGAGAGAGAUAUAUAGAGAGGAAAUGGAGAGAAGUUGAGAAAGGAAGAGAGAGAUAGAGAAAAGUACUGUUUGGGAAUAGUGUUGAGAACCAGAAGAAAAGAUGAGAAAUGGAAGAGAGAGAGAGAAUGGAGAAAAGAUGAUGUUUGAAAAUGGUGAUGAGAAGCAGUAGAAGAGAUGAGAAGAGAAGGAGAGAGAGAGAGAGAGAGAGAGAGAGAGAGAGAGAAGGAGAGAGAGAGAGAGAGAGAAUUGAAUUGAAAACAGAGUUUUAGGAUAGUGAUGAUAUAAAGAAUAAUGAUGAGAAAGGGAAAGAGAAAGCAAGGUUUUGUUAGAGAAAAAAUGUAAAAGAGAGACACACACAUAAACACACAAACCGCAAAAAGAAGAAGACACUGAGAUGAAUAAAGAAUGAGAGUAGAUAGCUUGAAGAUUAAGAGAUACAUGUAGCUGGAAAGAUGGCAAGGAAAGAUAGGAGAAGAGAUAUAAUAUCCGUAUGCUGCACAUUUCAAAAGUAGUGCAGUCUUUACUUAAUGUGAACUACCGGUACUGAAAAUUAUGUGUGUGCAAUCUCCAUGAACACUGUAAGUUUCCAAUACAUUUUUGUGAUAUACACCCAAGGAAGCUAAAUAUUUGUGUCUUGGUAUAAAACAUUUAAUAUAGGAGAAAAAAGACUUUUUUAUAGUCGUACCUCACAUAAAAAGAAUUGAUAUGACGAGACAGUACUUUCUUCUGAGAUGUUUUUGAGAAAGAUUUAUCUGUGAUAUGUCCGUAUGUCUUUCUAAGCUGUGACUACAUGUACAUGUAUUUUGGAAUGACUUGUCAGCAUUUUUUUACACUACUUUUUUAUUAUUGGCUUUGUUUUGUACAUUUCUGUGAUAAACUUGUAUACCAAAUAAAACGUGAUGUAAAUGUGCUCAUUAUUAAAAGUGCUUCAGAAGAAAUCCAAAGUUUUCUAAGAUUAUUCCGUCCAUAAUUUAGGGGCUUCUUCGGGCAGAACAUUCAAGGUUAUGUGUAUUCAAUUUUCUGUCUCUUAAUUACACUAUCUUUCUCAUUUGACCAAUUGAAAGAAGGGUUCUUCUGUUUUAAAGUUGGAUUAUUACUGAAGAAAAGAUGCUGUAUUUUUGUGAAGCAGGAAUUUCAUAAAUUCUUUGUGGUAUAGAGACAAUUUAAAGAUGUUUUGAACUGAUACAGCCUAAUCUUGUUCUUCCCAAUCUAUAUUUUUCCAAAAAAUACAAAGCAGUUGCACACAAGGCUGAUAUACAUAUUUGUCCCCAUCUCUCUCUCUCUCUCUCCGUCUGUCUCACCUCCCCCCCCCCCCCCCACCUCUAUCUCUUCUGUAUUUGUUUCAUUCUUUUCUUUCCAUCUUUUUUUCUACUAUUCAAUCUCUCCUUCCACCUUAUUUCUCUUUAUUUAAUUUAAUUUGUAUGCCUGUCUCUGUUGUUUCUAUUUGUCUACCCAUCACAAUCGUUAUCUUUUCACUUUUUAUCCAUCUUCACUCUUCAUACUGUUUUAUCUCACUAACUUUCACUUGCUUUCAUUUGCUUUUCACCGUCUUUAUUUACCUUCCAGUUUAAAUGUGGACAAAGAAUUUGUAUUUUCAAAAAGAGUAACACCUUGAACAUUUAUAUUACAAAAAUUAUAUGUAUAUAAGCCCUUUUUGUCUGAAUAUUUUUGUAUUUUUGCAAUAUCUUCAUUUGUAUUCAUUUUUAUUUGUGAUUGAAAGCUUUGUACAAUUUUCGUAACGUGUGCAGUGUAUAAUGAAAUUAUUUAUACUGUAUAUAAUGUCUUUUUAAAAGCAAUAGGUAAUGCAAUGUAUAAUCAUGUAGUUGAAAUGUAUGUGUGAUUUCCAGUGUAUAAAUGUCCCCAAAAUGUGAAAUUAACUACCUCCACAUUCCAUUACUUAUAAUAUGUACAAAAUUUCUUCAAUUAUCAAAUGUUUCUAAUGAUUACUUUUGUAUUUUAUGAAAAAAAUACAUACAAGUAUGACUGGCAAAUUGCUUCUUCUAGGCAUUUGCUAGUAGUAUUUAUUUGAACCAAUAUAUCACCAGCAAUUGCUAUUCUGUGUUAGUUGAAGCAAAUUAUAUUGAGCCAGUUAUUGAAAUAAAUGUUUAAUGAUAUUUCUUCAUGUUAAUGCAGUUUGUUAAUUAAGCACUGCAUCUAAUAUUUUUUGCAAAAGUGGUUAAAUGAAUUAGACGGAAGUAACAUGCUCAAAUACUCAUACGUGUGUCUAAACAGUAUCUGUAUCUUCCUGUUUACAAUGGCAUUUUUAUUUUGCUUAACAAGUUUCAUUGAUAAUAAUUUCAGAUAUAUACAAUGUUACAUCUUCAAUCUUUGUAGUAGUAAUAAAAUUAUGACCUGAGUGAUCUUAAAUUAACAAUAAAUUUACUAAAAAGGAAA